CACGACCCCAGGUCUAGCUUCGUUCCGAUUGUAAGAUGGCAGCCUCCGCCGUGGGCCGAGCAAUGGCGCUGAGUACGCGUGGCAGUCAGCAUGUUGCUUUCGUCAGGAGAAUUCCUUGGACCGCGGCGACGAGUGAGCUGAGAAAACAUUUUGCUCAGUUUGGCAAUAUAAAAAGGUGUAAUGUACCUUUUGACAGAGAGACUGGCUUUCACAGAGGCAUGGGUUGGGUUCAGUUUUCUUCAGAGGAAGAACUUCAGAAUGCACUACAACAAGAAAAUCAUAUUAUUGAUGGAGUAAAGUGCUUUUUCCCUCCACAGAUGGAUGUUAAAGCUUGGAAAGAAAGGAUUUUGCAAAGGGCUCAAACAUCUGAUGAAGACAGAGACUUCUGAGAUGGUUACUGUAGUACCCAUUAAAUAAAUGUAAAGAGA